GGUGUGAUGCAAUGGCAGUGACAGGGGAGAGUUGAGUGGAGUGGAGCUGGGUCUGGAUGUGCUCCGGUGGGAGUUUUCCUUGUUGUUGCUGCUGUUCGGAAUCUACUAGCCAAAGAAUUGGAAGACAAUAAAUUUACUUGAAUUGUAAAUAAGCAAGUCUUUUGCAGUCUGGCAAAAUGGCUGAUAGUCCAAACUGUGAUUUGAAGUCUCUCAGUCCGCUCCAGCUGUUUGAAAGAGUAACUGAACAAGGAGAGAAAGUCAGAGCACUGAAAGCAGGAAAAGCACCAAAGGAUGAAAUUGAUGCAGCAGUGAGAAUGCUAUUAUCGUUAAAACUGUCAUAUAAAUCAGCAACAGGACAAGAUUAUCAGGCAGGCUUGCCUCCAAGAGAUCUUGUAUUAAUAAACAAUGGAACAACUAAAGAAGAGGAUGAAGAUUUUGUGGACCCCUGGACAGUGCAGACUUCAAAUGCUAAAGGCGUGGAUUAUGAUAAACUCAUAGUUCGGUUUGGCAGCAGUAAAAUUGACACUGACCUGAUCAAGCGAAUAGAAAGAGCUAUUGGGCAAAAACCUCACCGCUUUCUACGUAGAGGAAUCUUUUUUUCUCACAGAGAUAUGGACCAAAUCCUUGAUGCUUAUGAAAAUAAGAAGUCCUUUUACCUUUAUACAGGCAGAGGGCCAUCCUCUCAGGCAAUGCAUGUUGGUCAUCUUAUCCCAUUUGUGUUCACAAAGUGGCUGCAAGAAGUAUUUGAUGUUCCCUUAGUUAUACAGUUAACUGAUGAUGAGAAAUAUCUAUGGAAGGACAUGACAACCGAGAAGGCAUAUGAGUAUGCUAAAGAAAAUGCAAAAGACAUCAUUGCAUGUGGUUUUGACAUCAAUAAAACCUUUAUAUUUUCUGAUUUAGACUAUUUGGGGACAAGUACUGGAUUCUACAAAAAUGUCGUCAAAGUUCAGAAGCAUGUUACAUUUAACCAAGUGAAAGGAAUCUUUGGCUUUACAGACAGUGAUUGCAUUGGAAAGAUCAGCUUUCCUGCUAUUCAAGCCGCUCCAUCCUUCAGUUCAUCAUUUCCACAGAUAUUCAAUGGCAAGGAGAACAUUCAGUGUCUUAUCCCAUGUGCUAUCGAUCAGGACCCUUAUUUUAGAAUGACCCGGGAUGUAGCACCUAGAAUUGGACAACCUAAGCCAGCCUUACUGCAUUCAGUCUUCUUCCCAGCCCUACAAGGAGCACAGACGAAAAUGAGUGCUAGUGACCCUAACUCCUCCAUCUUCCUCACAGAUACACCCAAACAAAUCAAGACAAAGAUUAACAAGCAUGCCUUCUCAGGAGGCAGAGAUACCAUUGAAGAGCAUAGGAAGUAUGGAGGUAACUGUGAUGUUGACGUGUCUUUUAUGUACCUGACUUUCUUCCUAGAAGAUGAUGACAGGCUUGAACAACUGAAGCAGGCAUACACAAGUGGGGAAUUGCUCACAGGGGAGCUGAAGAAGGUACUCAUUGAAACACUGCAGCCCUUGAUAGCAGCUCAUCAAGAGAGACGGAAGCAGGUCACAGAUGAAAUGGUGAAGCAGUUCAUGACUCCACGGAAGCUAGCUUUUGAAUUUUGAAGAAAUGUGUAUGUAACUUAUCACCUGAUAAACCAAAACCGAAUAACUGUUGUCUUCUGUUGUAUGUCAUCACUCCCUAGUUAUGUACAGCCUACAAUCAGUGCUUUAUAAAUACUGCUGUUAAUGUGUUAAUUAACAUGUAUGUCACAGUACAGGAAAAGUUUAAAAUAGGACUUGUAUCUAUUUAAAAUCAGAAUAUACAAGAUAGAAUUGCCCAAUCUUGCAGAAAAGCAUGUCUUUCAGUACAGCAUUGUUAUUUUAUUGUAUUUCAUGUUGAAAAUAUAAAAUAAAAGUUCCAUUUUGAUGAUAAAA